AUGGCCGUCUACGACAAAUCGAGCAAACUUAUCGAGUGCACCUCGUUGUUUCAAGGCCGUUGCCGACUCCGAAAUCUGCACAACAUCAGCGAAACUCCGGUCGUCUCUGAAACUCCGGUUAUUGCCAAUGAUGAACCGAGCAGUGCUGUGGUAUUCGUCGGCGGUGGCCCAGUAGAAGAUCGUCACGUCCUCAAGCUUUAUGAGGGCCACAUCGAGAGCAAGCUGGUCAGGGUGUGCAAGGGCGAUCCGAACUACAACUCGUACACUGAGGUCUCUCUAACGUGUAAGAACAAGAAUAUGGACUAUAACCUGCUGACCGACGUCUAUCUGUCGAAGGCUGGCUACGAUUUGGCAAAGGAGCUUGAUAUUCGGGAAAACGACGCUGUCCUCUACGGUGUCUUCCAGCUCGGCGAUCCCACUUCUAGCAAGAAGGAGGUUCCCACCGCCGAAUCCGCGCUGUGUAUCUACUCCAUGCGUGACGUUGAGGAAAUGUUCCGAGAAAACAUCAUGACUUGCUAUCAGGGAGCCGGAAACAAGGGCCUCGAAUGGCUUAACAUCCGCCAAGAAUGCGUGUCCACGAAACUGCGAUGGGAACAACUGAAGUGUGGCAGUGACGUGAACAAGCUGAUCGGAGGAGCCAAGGCGAUUGAGUCGAAGCCCGUGCUGGAAAUGGGUGGAAGAUUCACCGCUGUCGCCGCCAACACGACCCACAGUACGACGAUCGUUUUCAUCGGAACCGAUGAUGGGCGGAUUUUAAAGACGUCCAUCCAGUACCGUAACUCGACGUUCGUCUACGAAGAGUUGCACGUCUCGCCGAAUGAGCCGAUUUUGCAGGAUAUGGAAUUUUUCGGAGACCGGGAAAUACGUCUACGUCUUGACGCCGAGAAAGGUGACCCGAAUCCCCACCUCCGAGUGUGGCUCCUUGGCUACGAGCUGCAGCGCUUGCGUAGGGAGGAAAGAUCCGUACUGUGGAUGGUG